CACUCAUUCAUAGAGAGAGUCGUGUGUGGUUGUGUGACGUGUUUCUAAUUUUUUUAAUAAUAUUUUUUAUAAUAUAAUAAUACAAAAAUGUCUGUAGCAGCAAAAGGUAUCUUCAUCGUGGGUGCCAAGCGCACGCCAUUCGGUACGUUCGGCGGCGUGUUCCGCAACACAUCGGCCACUGAGCUGCAGACCAUCGCGGCCACCGCGGCCCUCAAGGAGGCUGGAGUCGCCCCCGACAAGGUUGACACUGUCGUCGUGGGACAGGUCAUGUCGGCAUCUCAAACCGACGGUAUCUACACACCCCGCCACGCCGCCCUGAAGGCCGGUAUCCCCAAGGAGAAGCCCGUGCUCGGUGUAAACAGGCUCUGCGGCUCCGGCUUCCAGUCCGUCGUCAACAGCGCACAGGACAUCCUUACCGGCGCUGCCAAGAUCUCUCUCGCUGGUGGUGUUGAGAACAUGUCACAAGCGCCCUUCGCGGUCAGGAACGUGAGGUUCGGCACCAUGCUGGGUUCUAGCUAUGCCUUCGAGGACACCCUCUGGGCCGGUCUUACUGACUCCUUCUGCGGCCUCCCCAUGGGCAUGACUGCUGAGAAGCUGGGAGCACAGUUUGGCAUUACCAGGGAUGAGGUCGACAACUUCGCUCUAAGGUCCCAGCAGAGGUGGAAGGCGAGCCACGACGCCGGCGUGUUCAAGGGCGAGCUGGCCCCCGUGACGCUGACCAUCAAGAAGAAGGAAGUCAAGGUGGAGACUGAUGAGCACCCUCGCCCGCAGACCACCAUCGAGGGGCUCAAGAAGCUGCCCCCCGUCUUCAAAAAGGAGGGAAUCGUCACCGCUGGAACUGCUUCCGGUAUCAGCGACGGCGCUGGUGCCAUCGUGCUAGCUGGUGAGGAAGCGGCCAAGAACCUCAAGCCCCUCGCUCGGCUGGUGGGCUGGUCCUACGUGGGAGUCGACCCCAGCAUCAUGGGCGUCGGCCCCGUGCCCGCCAUCGAGAACCUGCUCAAGGUCACCAAGCUGACCCUCAACGACAUCGACCUGAUCGAGAUCAACGAGGCGUUCUGCGCUCAGACCCUUUCGUGCGCGAAGGCCCUGAAGCUGGAUGUGGAGAAGCUGAACGUGAACGGUGGAGCCACCGCCCUCGGACACCCGCUCGGAGCCUCCGGAUCCCGGAUCACCGCGCACCUGGUCCAUGAGCUCAGACGCCGCGGUCUUAAGCGUGGUAUCGGCUCAGCUUGCAUCGGUGGAGGACAGGGCAUCGCCCUCAUGAUCGAGGUCGUCUGAACAACUGAACCAGUGACCGAGUGAACAUAAAGAAUGAAUGAGUGAACCUAAUCAAAGAACUUUACAUAAUUUCCAAGCGAAUUUGACCGUUGAAAUUCGUUCACGGAUUGUACAUAAGUCUAUUUUAUAUAUAAACAUGUAUUUCGUCCCUGUGUUUGUAUGUCUACGCCGUUAAUCAAAUAUUUACCAACGUGUACAUACAUGCGUUAUAUCAAAUUGUAACCUAAGUCAAUAAUAUUUUGAUAGCGUUUAUUUUAAGGAGUAUUAUCUUUUGGAGGUUAUUUAAUUAUAUGUUACAAAGAAAA